AUGAAGCCGCUGGAGAAAUUUCUGAAGAAACAGACGUCGCAGCUGGCGGGGCGAACGGUGGCGGGAGGUCCCGGCGGGGGUCCGGGGAGCUGCGGCGGGCCUGGAGGGGGUGGGGGACCUGGCGGGGGCGGCGGUCCAGCCGGGGGACCGCGGCCGCUGCAGCGGCGUCAGAGCGUGUCUCGCCUGCUGCUCCCAGCUUUCCUCCGGGAGCCCCCCGCCGAGCCGGGGCUGGAGCCGCCCCCAGAGGAGGACGGAGGAGAGCCGGCGGGGGUCGCGGAAGAGCUCGGCAGCGGAGGGCCCUGUUGGCUGCAGCUGGAGGAGGUCCCGGGGCCCGGGCCGCUUGGGGGAGGGGGACCCCUGCGUUCCCCUUCCUCGUACUCCUCAGACGAGCUGUCCCCCGGCGAGCCUCUGACUCCUCCACCCUGGGCCCCUCUGGGCGCCCCCGAGCGGCCGGAGCAUCUUCUGAACUGGGUUCUGGAGCGGCUGGCCGGAGGGGCCACCAGGGACAGCGCCGCUUCAGAUACCCUGCUGGAUGACAUCGUCCUCACUCAUUCGCUCUUCCUUCCCACGGAGAAAUUUCUGCAGGAGCUGCACCAGGUCAGCUUUGUUUGGGCAGGAGGCAUGGAAGGCCCUGAGGGGCUGGGCCGGAAGCAGGCCUGUCUAGCCAUGCUCCUUCAUUUCUUGGACACCUACCAGGGGCUGCUGCAGGAGGAAGAGGGGGCUGGCCGCAUCAUCAAGGACCUGUACCUGCUGAUUAUGAAGGAUGAGUCUCUUUACCAGGACCUCCGAGAGGACACACUGAGGCUGCACCAGCUUGUGGAAACAGUGGAGCUAAAGAUCCCGGAGGAGAGCCAGCCGCCCAGCAAGCAGGUAAAGCCACUCUUCCGCCACUUCCGUCGGAUAGACUCCUGUCUGCAGACCCGCGUGGCUUUCCGGGGUUCCGAUGAGAUCUUCUGCCGGGUCUACAUGCCUGAUCACUCUUACGUGACCAUACGCAGCCGUCUCUCAGCAUCUGUGCAGGACAUUCUGGGCUCUGUGACGGAGAAAUUGCAGUACUCAGAGGAGCCUGCGGGGCGUGAGGAUUCCCUCAUCCUGGUUGCUGUGGCCUCCUCAGGAGAGAAGGUCCUUCUCCAGCCGACUGAAGACUGUGUCUUCACCACACUGGGCAUCAACAGCCACCUGUUUGCUUGCACCCGAGACAGCUUUGAGGCCCUGGUGCCCCUUCCUGAGGAGAUCCAGGUCUCCCCUGGAGACACGGAGAUCCAUCGCGGGGAGCCUGAGGACGUGGCCAACCACCUUACCGCCUUCCACUGGGAGCUGUUCCGCUGUGUGCACGAGCUGGAGUUCGUGGACUACGUGUUCCACGGGGAGCGCGGCCGCCGGGAGACGGCCAACCUCGAGCUGCUGCUGCAGCGCUGCAGCGAGGUUACCCACUGGGUGGCCACCGAGGUGCUGCUCUGCGAGGCCCCGGGCAAGCGCGCGCAGCUGCUCAAGAAGUUCAUCAAGAUCGCGGCCAUCUGCAAGCAGAAUCAGGAUCUGCUGUCCUUCUACGCCGUGGUCAUGGGGCUGGACAACGCCGCCGUCAGCCGCCUGAGGCUCACCUGGGAGAAGCUGCCAGGGAAAUUCAAGAACUUGUUCCGCAAAUUCGAGAACCUGACGGACCCCUGCAGGAACCACAAAAGCUACCGGGAAGUGAUCUCCAAGAUGAAACCCCCUGUGAUUCCUUUCGUGCCUCUGAUCCUCAAAGACCUGACUUUCCUGCACGAGGGAAGUAAGACCCUGGUAGAUGGCUUGGUGAACAUUGAGAAGCUGCAUUCAGUGGCCGAAAAAGUGAGGACAGUCCGCAAAUACCGGAGCCGGCCCCUUUGCCUUGAUAUGGAGGCCUCCCCACAUCACCUGCAGACCAAGGCCUACGUGCGCCAGUUCCAGGUCAUCGACAAUCAGAACCUCCUCUUCGAGCUCUCCUACAAGCUGGAGGCCAACAGUCAGUGA